GUACGUCAUUGUAUUUACCGUUAGCAUGAUAAUUGGGAAUUGAAAAAGUGGGAUUUUUUGAUUUGGAAUUUCCUUUAUCUUAAAUCACUGUCAAUAUUUUUCGAGAUUAUCAAUAACGUUAAGAUACGAGUGGGAGACUGGAUUUACUUAUAAUCCCAGUCUCGACGAUCUGCAGUGUAAAAAGUCGUUGAAGUUCGUUCCGUGAAUAUGUUCUCUUUAAACUCUGUGAAUAUAAUGAAGACUCUUACGCUAGGAUUCGCCUUCUGUUUUGCACUGGUUAAUGGCGCUGCCGACUAUCAAGUAGUACCAAGUGCAUAUGCAGAGGGCGCCAGCGUCGUGAAAUAUCCGCAAGUACAACUGGGCGCAGCGGCCGACACGCUCAGAGAUGAAAUUAUAAGUGCAACAACCAGUUACGUUGCUCGACUAACAAAUAUAUAUUACUUCCAGGCAAAUUCUGCUGCGUUUUUCUUUGGUCACAGUGUUGAAAAAAUGACUGGGAAUCUAGACCGCAGCAUUAACUCCAUUCAUGAUGAAUCACCCGCAGACUCUCUCGAUCACAGCCUGGAUCUUGUCUCAAAUAGCUUUGAGGGCUACAUUGAUAUCAUCCCUCAAGAAUUUGGCGGUAACGCUGUGACUGGUUCAACGGACUUACCUAGUUUGGAGAACCUCAUGCAGGACAACCCCGUUAACGUCACCUCCAUGCAAACCUUAGAAAGUCUUUUGCAUGAUCUACCGGCAGUGGCUGAUCAUGAUUUUUCUAUAUUGCAAAAGUUCAUCACAAGUAUGUUCGCUCAUGGCUGGGAAAACGCCAGACCAGCUUUUAUCAAACUGCGCGAUGAAUUUCGUGAAGAUCUCCUGUUCGACAAUAUAUUAUCGCCGUUUAGGAGCUCCAUGAUGUACGUUCACAGAAAUGAGGAUAUUAUCAAAGCUCAUACCAGUGACGCAGCUUGGAGCAGAUGCAUGACUUUGUUCGAUAAGCUGACUAAAAUUGUGUUACUGCACGGAAAAUCCAACGAAUAACCAAAGAUCACCAAUCACGGUUAUUAGGGACAGACAUAAAUAAAUGUAUAUCGUAUAAAGCUAUAAAUAAAACUUUAUCGCUUUACCGUUGCAUUGUUAAAAACAAA